AUGACAAUUACUUUUCCGUUCCGGGGCCUCGAGAUCCUCCAGCGUUUCAGGCUCGCGGUCGAUCUCCAACACCUUUCCGCCCUUCUUCGCCCUCUUGGCCUUCUCCCUCUCCUCGUCCGAGUCGUCCUGGAACCACUUCUUGGUCUUCUUCUUGGGCCUCUCGUCCUCGGACUCCUCUCCGCCGCUCCUGUCCCCGGCAAUCGGCAGCGACCGCAGCAGCGCCAAGGGAUCCUCGCCGUCGCCCCCGUCCCCGCCGCCAACCCGCGGCCCCUCCGCCGCGCCGCCUUCCCGCUCCUCCUUCUCCGCGAGCUUGCGCUUGAGCCGCUUCUCCCGCCUCUUCUCCUUCGCGAGCUCCUUGUCGUCCAGGUCCGCCUCCUUGACGCGCGCGGUCUCGCUCUCGACGAACUUCUGGCGCAGCUCCUCCGCGGGGCCCUCCUGCUUGAAGUCGUCCUCGUUCUGCAGCUCGUAGAUCUGGUGGGCGUUGCCGUCCUCGUCGAAGACGAGCUUCGUGCCGCGGCCCUUGAACUUGAGCAUCUUCUUCUUGGACGAGAGCGCCUUCUCGCGCCGCUUCGAGUCGACGAUGAACUGCUGAUCGCCGUACGCGAUGACCUUGGGCUUCGCCCCGGGUGCGUUGGCGGACUCGGCGUCGAGGGCGUCGUUGUUGAGCACGCGCUUGACGGAGAGGAAGUCGUCCUCGUCGUUGUCGUCGAUUGCGGGCCCAUCGACCUCGCCGUUCGCGACGAGCUUGGUGUAGACGUCCUGGUUGGUGCGCUCGAACAUGCGGUCGUACUUUGUGCGGACCUCCUGCUUCUUGGGCUUCUUGGGCGCGUCAGAGUCGGAGUUCUCUUCGUCGGAGGACAUGCCGGCGCGCGGUGCGUUCUUGAUCUUCUUGGCGUCCUCGCCCUUGCGCAGCUUGAUCUGCGGCGCUCCGGGGAGACCGAGGCUGGCGGCGUAGGCGUCGAGGUCGAGCUCGUCGAACUUGAAGACUUCCUUGUCCUUCUGGAGAUGCACGGAGCGGACGUAGCUGAUGAAGGCCUUCUGGCCGAGGUACUUGAGGUCUGGGUUCUGGAAGCACAUGCUCUGCAGCUGGUUCGUGAUGCUCUUCUUCUUGCUCUCCUUGACGGUGAUCUUGUUGACAGGCACCUUCUUGGCUUCGAGGCGCUUGAGCAUUCCGGCCUCCUCGCUGGGGUCGAGGAAGAGCACGGCCUUGCCGUCGCGUUCGUAGCGGGCCGUGCGGCCGACGCGGUGGAUGUAGGUGUCGGCGUCCUCGGGGCAGUCGACCUGGACGACCCAGUCGACGGCGGGGAAGUCGACGCCGCGGGCGACGACGUCGGUGGCGAAGAGGCAGGAGUGGUUCGCCUCGGCGAAGCGUUUCGUGAUCUCCAUGCGCUGCAGCUGCUUCUGCUUGCCGAGGAGGUGGAGGAGGGGGAUACCGGGCUGCAGGUGUCUGAAGGACUCGUUGGCCUUGAUGAAGCCGUAGAGGGUGUCGAGCUUCUCGGGGAGCGGGGUGACGAUGUAGUGCUGCUGCAGGUUCUUCGGGGUGGUCUCCUCGUGGACAGAGACGUACUCGGGGUCCUUGAGGGAGAGGCGGGCGAGGUCGGAAAUCUUCUUGCUCUGAGUCGCGCUGAAGAGGAGGGUCUGGCGGGUCUGGGGCAGGUGCUCGACGAGGGCGUCGACGGCGGACUGGAAGCCCAUGUCCAUGAUGCGGUCGGCCUCGUCGAGGACGAGGAUCUGGAGGUUGUCGACGUCGAAGCCGGCGGUCUGGUCGAGGUGCUGCAGCAUGCGGCCGGGCGUGCAGACGAGAAUGUUCAUCUUGGACAGACGCUCGGCUUCCUCCUUGAGACUCUUGCCGCCGAUGACGAGGCCGGCGGAGAAGGCGUGGUUGCGGCCGACCUUGCGCAGGACGUCAAAGAUUUGCGCGGCGAGCUCGCGGGUCGGGGAGAUGAUGAGGGCGCCGAGGCCGUCGUACUCGGUCCAUCGCGCGCGGUAGAGCUUCUCGAGAACGGGUAUAAUGAAGGCGAGGGUCUUGCCGGAGCCGGUCUUUGCGGCGCCAAGGAUGUCGUGGCCCUUGAGGGCGAGGGGCACGGCGCGGGACUGUAUGUCGGUGAGGGUUUGGAAGUGGGAUUUCUCGAGGCCUGUGGCGGUCGGUUCGCAGAGGGGUAG